AUGACGUCGAUUGUUCCGUUUCAGGCAACCGACUUGUUUGAUCUCAACCCGAUCAACUUGGACCCGCUCACCGAAAAUUUCUACAUUUACUUCUAUCUGCAGUAUUUGUCAGAUUGGCCAACCCUUUUCUACAAAUCAACAUCUGCGCUUGAUGAACCCACAGGGUACAUAUUGGCAAAAACAGAGGGUCAGGUACUCAAGAAAGAGUGGCAUGCACACAUUUCAGCGGUGACCAUCGACCCAAACUACAGACGAAUCGGAUUGGGUUCCUAUUUGUGCCAAAUGCUCGAGACAUACACCCAGGACGAAAAACCGUACUAUGCGUUUUUCAUCGAUUUAUUCGUCAAGUGUAACAACACAUUGGCGAUCAACUUCUAUGAAAAGUUGGGCUACUCGGUAUUCCGGCGUGUGGUAGGGUACUAUGGGCCACCUGGAAGAAUUCCUAGUAAAAGCAGGUUAAACGAUGAGAUAGAUGCAUUUGACAUGAGGAAAAGCCUCAAAAGGGACAAGGCUCACGAGUGUGUGAGGAAGGCGGGACGCCGGUAUCACGUGCUUCCGCAGGAUGUUGUGUUUUAG